AAUGAAACAAGGAAAAAGAAGAACUCAAUACCUUUGAAUGCCGGAGAGUCCUGACGUUAUGUUCCCCUGGUCCAAGCACUUUCAGCAUUUUACAAUUUACAGCCUCGCACUGGACACCGGCCCGUUAUUAUCAGAUGCGGACGCCUGCUGAAGAGUGUGACAGGGACACAUCUGGUGUUAUUUACUUGGUGCUCAGAUCAGGACGGAUCAUACUGUGGUGGUGCACCGCAGAAUACAUGAUCCAUGUCAUGUACAUGCACUCCAUCCAGUCUAAUGAGACCUACUUAGAGAUCCUCCCUCCCUGGGCCUUCGGUGCACUAUAGCAGUGAUUUUCCCUGAUGACAUCUAAAUCAAAGGCCCCGUUGGCACACCUGCCAUGGAUAGAGAUCCUUGCAUACUGGGUGUUGUCCUUUGGCUCUCAUCUGUACUCUUUCUACCAACUGCACAGGUUCUCCAAAGAGCAUGAAGUGGGAUUAGAGAGAGAUUUCCAGUUGGAAAAGGGCCUUGUUAAGGGUUUUAAAAGGGACCCCGCAGACUUUGAGUGGAGUUUCUGGACUGAAUGGGCUAAAACGUCUUUGCUGUGGACUCUGAUUGGUCAUGGAGUGAUAUCGAGAUUGACCAGCAUCUUUUCCCCCAAGUUUAGGGUGCCAGCACUCGCAGUAUAUGGCCUCUUAGCAGCCAGCAGUGUGCUGGGGAUUAAAGGUGCGAGUGUGCUGCUGGUACAUCUGGGCCUGUCCUUUUCAGUGGCCCAACUGCGAAAGCCCGCUCUGUCAUGGGCCUGCAACCUUCUGCUGCUCUCCACACUUCACAUCCAACCACUUCAAGAGAUCCAGAGAGGCUGGUAUAAGACUGAGGAGGAGUACUAUCUGCUACUCUUCAGUGUUGCCGUCUGUGGUCUACGCCUCAUCAGCUUCAGCCUGGAGCAUUGCUGGUGCCCUCUAGACUGUGGUGGAGUUGUUCAGCUCUGCUGGUUGUUUUCAUACACCUUCUAUCAUCCUUUUUUUUACAAUGGACCCAUUAUCACGUACAAAGACUACAUUGAGCAGAUGCGGACGCCUGCUGAAGAGUGUGACAGGGACACAUCCGGUGUUAUUUACUUGGUGCUCAGAUCAGGACGGAUCAUACUAUGGUGGUGCACCGCAGAAUACAUGAUCCAUGUCAUGUACAUGCACUCCAUCCAGUCUAAUGAGACCUACUUAGAGAUCCUCCCUCCCUGGGCCUUCGGCGGUCUGGCCCUGGCCCUCGUCCAGUUCUUCUUUGUGAAGUAUCUGGUACUGUUUGGCUUUCCAUCCAUGCUGGCUACUUUGGAUAAACUAGUUCCCCCAAAGCUUCCUCGUUGUGUCAGCAUCAUGUACAGUUUCACAGGGAUGUGGAGGCACUUUGACGACGGCCUUUAUCGAUGGCUCAUCAGAUACAUCUAUGUGCCGUUGGGAGGUUCCCGCCAUGGUCUUCUUUACCAAAUGUUAUCCACUGGCCUUGCGUUCGCAUUCGUCUGCUUCUGGCACGGCGGCCAUGACUACUUGCGGUACUGGGCCCUGAUGAAUUGGGCGGGAGUUGUGGUGGAAAAUGGACUGAAGUCUUUCUUUGCCUCAUCAUUUAUUCACUCUAUUGUUGAUCAGAAUGUCUCUCCUGCGAUGCAGAGGCGUUGCGUUGCCCUUCUCUCUGCCUUCUCCACUGCCAUGCUCAUCCUGUCUAAUCUGGUGUUCCUCGGGGGCAUACAUGUUGGCAGAAUCUUCUGGAAGCGUGUCUUCAUUGAAGGCUGGUCCACCAUGGCCCUGCCUAUGCUGGCUUUCCUCUACUGCUUUGCACAGAUUGGACUCGAGUGGACUUCUCACCCACCAUGAGUCACCUUGACUUUGUAUUGGAGUGAGAAUCCCUGCUACCGGAUAACCAGAGCAACCUGCUGAGUCCAUCGCCUUGUCUUCACCAGCCAGAGUCUCUGUGGCGAUGCUGGCUCACAGUCACAGAGCCCGUCCAAACUUGGCUGAAGUGCAGCUGAGCAGCCACUUUUCACAACCUGCGAGGCUGGACAAAAUCUGCCUGUAAGCUAAGACUUAAAGGAUCACUGCUCAUUCUCUUUCAUGGAAAAUGUAAGUGUGCACUAACUGUAAUAGAAUACAAUUCAGGGAAGUCUGUGCAGUGUCGAGGCACGUUUUCUACCCAAUAAGCUACACUGAAUCACCGUUAUUCCAAGAAACAAAAUGAAAUAUGGACCCUGAAUCUGUCUUGGUUAUAUGACCGAUAAGUUAUUGCUCAGUGGUGCGGUAAGCUGGAGAAAUCCUAGUUUCAUAUUUACCGUCUUCCUUUAGCUCGCCACAAAAGCAUUUGUAUUCGGAGGUAGACAAAAGGCACAGACGGCUGAAGAAACCCGCAGGAAACCUGAUCAAUGCCAUUAUUUCCCUUACAGAUGCAAUUUAGGUAAAGUAGUACGACACUAAUAUUAGUAGACGCACUGCUAAAAAGCUUCAGAGGGACCACACACUAACUUUUCAUUCAAACACAAGCUGUUCAAUUCAAUGGAAUUUGUUGUUUUGUCUUUUGGAUUCAUGGACAAUAAGAAAAAUAAGAAAUAUCAAAGACAUUUGUCAAACUUUUGGAUUAUUGGAAAGCUUAAUAAAUUAAUGUAUGCUCAAUGAGGUUAUGAGGCUUUCACAUGAGAGCUUUAGUGAAGGUUGGAGCUGCAGCAGUGAGUCAAUUAACCAAUCAAUUAAUGGUUAACUAUAUUAGAGAUCGUAUUGUUUUUUGAAGCAAAAUGCAGAACCCUGUCUGGUUCCAGCUUCUCAAAUGUGAGGAUUUGCUGCUUUUCUCUACUUUAUAAUCAUUGUAAACUGAAUCUGAUCAACUGAACUGACAUGUUCACUGUAUUCUGACAUGUUACAUAACAAUCAAUAGAUUUAAUCGAGAAAAUAAUCGUCCGAUUGAAGAAUAUUAACAUUAAUUACUUGCAGUAAUUGAGCUACAGUGUAGUUUCACAGCAGUAUUACAUUAUUACAGCUACACAUCUUAAAAGCAUUUACAUUUCAGAUCACAAUAAAUAAUUUACUCUGUAAUCCAGUCGGGGAUGACUAAUUUGUCAACAGCUUUAGUAACAGGAAGCUGCUUUUUGUUUUGUCUUUUGAGUUUAGAAAGCUCAGGGCAAGGCUUCCAAGGAGAUACAUUUACUUUAUUGUCGCGCCACAACAUUUGACUGUUCCCAAGGUUGUUACGCAUGUUCAGGUUCUCACUCCGUGAACUGUCCUACCUGCACAGGUCUGUCAUUUGUAUCUCCAUCAGUGGUGAAUAAACGGUGUUAUA